AUGAUGGAUUUUGAUGAGCGUGGUCCCUGCUCCUCUAACAUGUAUUUGCCAAGUUGUACUUACUACGUCUCGGGUCCAGAUUUCUCCAGCCUCCCUUCUUUUCUGCCCCAGACCCCGUCUUCGCGCCCAAUGACAUACUCCUACUCCUCCAACCUGCCCCAGGUCCAACCCGUGCGCGAAGUGACCUUCAGAGAGUACGCCAUUGAGCCCGCCACUAAAUGGCACCCCCGCGGCAAUCUGGCCCACUGCUACUCCGCGGAGGAGCUCGUGCACAGAGACUGCCUGCAGGCGCCCAGCGCGGCCGGCGUGCCUGGCGACGUGCUGGCCAAGAGCUCGGCCAACGUCUACCACCACCCCACCCCCGCCGUCUCGUCCAAUUUCUAUAGCACCGUGGGCAGGAACGGCGUCCUGCCACAGGCUUUCGACCAGUUUUUCGAGACAGCCUACGGCACCCCGGAAAACCUCGCCUCCUCCGACUACCCCGCGGACAAGAGCGCCGAGAAGGGGCCCCCGGCGGCCACGGCGACCUCCGCGGCGGCGGCGGCGGCGGCGGCUGCCACGGGCGCGCCGGCAACUUCAAGUUCGGACAGCGGCGGCGGCGGCUGCCGGGAGACGGCGGCGGCGGCAGAAGAGAAAGAGCGGCGGCGGCGCCCCGAGAGCAGCAGCAGCCCCGAGUCGUCUUCCGGCCACACUGAGGACAAGGCCGGCGGCUCCAGUGGCCAACGCACCCGCAAAAAGCGCUGCCCCUAUACCAAGUACCAGAUCCGAGAGCUGGAACGGGAGUUCUUCUUCAGCGUCUACAUUAACAAAGAGAAGCGCCUGCAACUGUCCCGCAUGCUCAACCUCACUGAUCGUCAAGUCAAAAUCUGGUUUCAGAACAGGAGAAUGAAGGAAAAAAAAAUUAACAGAGACCGUUUACAGUACUACUCAGCAAAUCCACUCCUCUAA